CAACGACGUUUCCCUUGGCCUUGCGGGCUCGCUAUAUUCACUUGUUACACAACUUCGUCUUCUUCCUCUUCUUCGUCUCGACCGGCUCUCUAAUCAUCUUCUUCUGCGUUUUCGUUUUGCACUGUUCCAUCAAUGGCAGCUAAUCAUCGGAAGGAUGAAGCGUAUGUUUCCGCAGUCAUCCCCAAACCUAUUAAGCGGAUCCAAGCCAAUCAAGUCGAGUCUCCAUCACACGCUGCGACCAAGACUACAUCGCCAGAUGGGAAUGUGAAAGAAGGAAAGAAACGGGAGGCAAAUCCAAUAGAUAAUCAAGUAAUCGCCAUUAACGAUGCGGUUCACAAGCUUCAGCUCGCUAUGCUUGAAGGUAUCACUGAUCAGAACCAGCUCUUCGCUGCGGGGAAAUUGAUAUCUCGAUUAGACUACGAAGAUGUCGUCACUGAACGAACGAUCGCUAAGCUCUGUGGUUAUCCUCUUUGCCAGAGAUUUCUCCCUUCCGAUGUUUCUAGAAGAGGAAAGUAUCGGAUUUCCUUGAAGGAGCAUAAGGUUUACGAUUUACAGGAGACGAGAAAGUUUUGUUCGGCGGGUUGUUUAAUUGAUAGCAAAACGUUUUUGGGGACUUUGCAAGAGGCUCGUACCUCGGAGUUUGAUUCUGUGAAGUUGAAUGAGAUUUUGGAGUUGUUUGGUGAUUCGGAAGUGAAAGGUUCUUUGGAUGUCAAUAAGGAUUUAGAUUUGUCUAAGCUUAUAAUUCGGGAGAAUUUUGAAGUGAGAGGUGGAGAAUCGUCUUUAGAGCAGUGGAUGGGUCCUUCUAAUGCUGUUGAAGGUUAUGUUCCCUUGGAUCAAAGUGAUUGCAAAUCAAGAAAUUGCAAAGACGGUGAUUUUAAGGCUACUCAAAGUAAUCAAGAGAAACACAAGGACCCGCCAUUUAGCGAGAUGGAUUUCACUAGCACAGUAAUUAUGCCUGAUGAAUAUAGUGUUUCAAAGCUUCCACUGCAAACCAAACAAGCUUCUCCUGUUGGGGUAUCUGAUGAUGGCAAAGGGAAAACAGUUCUGAGAGAACAAACUGUAGUUCCUGCCACAAAAAAAAAAUCAAGGUUUCGUCGUGAAAAAGAAAAGGAAAAAAAGACGUUUGGCACUGAUGGGAUCGAUCUUGCGAGCUUUGGGUUUGAUGAGAUGGGUUGUGUGAGCUCUGGUACUGGAAAAGAUGGAUACAGUGUCGAAUAUAGUGUGUCUAAGCAACCACAAUGUUCCAUGGAAGAUUCUCUUAGUUACAAUCUAAAAGGAGGUCUUCAGACUCUGGACGGUAAAAAUAAUCUAUCAGGAUCCUCUUCAGGUUCUAAUGCGAAGGGCUCAAGGACAAGAGCCGAAAAAUCUGGAAAAAAAAAAAUUUCUGUUGAAUAUCAUGCUAAUUCUUAUGAAGAUGGUGAAGAAAUCCUUGCAGCUGAAUCUUAUGAAAGACACAAAGUUCAGGAUGUGUGUUCAUCAAGUGAAACCGUUACUAAGUCAUGCCUUAAAAUUUCUGGCUCUAAGAAGCUUAGUCGUUCAGUUACUUGGGCCGACCAGAAUGAUGGCUGUGGUGAUCUUUGUGAGGUUAGAAACAAUGAUUUCACAGUAGGUCCAAGCCUGUCUUCUAAUGACACAAAAGAUGGCAAUAGUUUAUCACGCCUUGCAUUAGCAGAAGCCUGUGCCUCAGCGUUAAGCCAGGCUGCCGAAGCUGUUUCUUUGGGAGAUACAGAUGCAAGUGAUGCCACUGCUAAAGCUGGAAUCGUUUUGUUGCCAAGUACACAUCAACUUGAUGAAGAGGUUACUGAGGAACAUAUUGAAGAGGAACCAACUCUUCUGAAGUGGCCAACUAAGCCCGGGAUUCCAGAUUCUGAUUUGUUUGACCGUGAUCAAUCGUGGUUUGAUGGAGCUCCAGAGGGCUUCAAUCUCACAUUAUCAAGUUUUGCUGUGAUGUGGGAUUCACUGUUUGGCUGGGUAUCAUCGUCCUCUCUGGCAUACAUUUAUGGGAAGGAAGAAUCUGCUCAUGAGGAGUUCUUAUCAGUUAACGGGAAGGAGUACCCCCGGAAGAUUAUCUUGGGAGACGGGCUUUCCUCAGAGAUAAAGGAGACAAUGGCUGGGUGCCUUGCCAGAGCUUUACCUAGAGUCGCCACUUAUCUCAGGCUGCCAAUAGCGAUAUCCGAAUUAGAAAAAGGACUGGGAAGCUUGUUGGAGACAAUGUCGUUGACAGGUGCAGUUCCGUCAUUAAAGAUGAAAGAAUGGCUAGUGAUAGUUCUUCUUUUCUUGGACGCGUUGUCUGUAUCACGCAUCCCUCUGAUUGCACCUUAUCUAUCCAACAUAAACAAGAUUCUAGAAGGAAGUGGAAUUGGAAACGACGAGUAUGAGAUGAUGAAGGAUAUAUUUUUACCACUUGGCCGUGUUCCUCAGUUUGCUACCCGAAGCGGGGCGUAGACAAAACCUCGGUUUAUUGGUUGAAGAAACCAACUUUAGAAAUAUGAAAGUAGAAGAUGAGUCUAUAAUUAUGAAUGUAAGUAAGAUCUUCAAGUCAGCCAUGGCAUGCUCUUUAGUUUUGUCGCAAUUCUAUAUGAUCAAUGGAUUAGAGAAGUUGUGUUGCUCCUUUUGUAAAAAUAAUUGUUAUAUAAAAAACAUGUGAUGCUUAAUCGCAUUAAGACUCA